UUCGAUUAUUCCUUCACAGCUCUAUGUUUACGUGUAAUGUCUCGAAAAAGACACGAAAGUCAUAGAAAAAAACAGACCGAAUGACUCCAUUUUAUGAAAAAGGAAGCUUGGAAAAUGAAAAAUGAGCUGGUUUAAUCAAGCCAGUCUGUCUUCAUUUGCAAAAACAGCCUUGUCGUCCGCCCAAAAGUCGAUCGACAAAGUUCUCGAUAUUCAGGAUGAGGAAGGCAGUGACACCGGCAGCGGGAGCCAGGCUGCCCAGAGCUCCGGCGGCACUGGGCGAGCGUCGUCGUUGUCGAAUCCAGGCAGUGCCUCAGCUGGUAGUCUGUCUGGAAAGCUCCAGUCUAACUCUGAGGAAGACGGCCCUUCAGGGCAAGAAGGAUCCGAGGCUUACUCAUCACGAGCAAAGAGCCAAGUUUCACCCCAAGAUGACACAUUUUUCAGUGCCUUUCUCACAGGGAAUGAACCACCAAGCAAGCCAAAGAAAUCUCUAGGCAAGAAACUUCAAACCCCAGCUAAAUCGGAAGAUGUCGCCAAGGGAAGUCCCACUGACAAACCUACAAGGUUAUCUUCCAUGUCAGGAAAGAACUCAAAGACUAAGAGCAAGAUUUUGUUGCAAGACAGUGAUGAUUCAGACGAAAUAGAUAAAGAGAGAAGAACCAGUAAGUCUGGCAAGAAAUCCCAUUUAGGAUCAAGAAAGGCAGACAACAAAGAGGUCAAAAGUGAAGCUGUUUUACAACCCCUGCAUGUUGAUGUAGGGCUGCCAGAGCCAGUCUUGCCACAGGGUACUGCACUUGCAGAAGAUGUCCUAGGUAGUACCCAGGAUGACGCUAAACAGGACACAAGUCUCCAAGAGACAAAGUCGGAAGAUAGUGCAAUAAAUCCUGAAAAUGUGAAGUCGACCGAAAGCUUCUUGUUGGUGAAAUCAUCAGAUGUUCGAGAAUUUGAGGAAGAGAAUGACACCUUGGUGGAUCAGCCUCUAGGACAAAGCCUUGAGAGUAGUAAUUCUACAAGUACUGGGACAGUUGAAGCAGAUGAAAAGGAAGGAGAACAUCGCAUUCCAAGUCGCCGGAAAAGUAGCGACCUGGACACCAAAUCAGAAUCGGAGAACACAGACGAGCAGACGUCCAUUAGGAGUGAUAGUGACUUUGUAGUGAUAAAUGAACAUACAGCUAGCGAGCAGUCAUCCGUCUAUCUUUACGACACCAGAGAGUCACCAGAGAAUACAUCACCCAAGCACUAUUCUUCAUCAUCUAACGGGAAGCGGAGUCCUACCGACAGUGACUUCAGUAUCAUCUCGGAAGGACGCUUCAACGACAUGCCGGAUCCCAUGCAUGCCGGUGCACAGAGCCAAGAUGUUGGAAACAUUGUCGAGCAGGCCUCCAUGGCUCUAAGCCACCGCGUCUCUCCCUCAUAUUCGGCUGAUGUAGAAUCUGAAGAUCAGGAUGACAAGAUGACGCCGUCCUCGAGCACCGAUGAGCGCCCCAGGUCCAGCUCGGAAGAAGGACUUGGGAUCCGGGAAGAGCAUAACUCCACACCAACACCAAAGGAGUCUGAGAGCCAAGAGUCAUUGCCACAGACAGAGCAGGAGGAAGAAACACCAAGACCUGAAAAUGAGGAUACAUUGAAAACUACCAGUCCUGAUGCUGCUGAAGAAUUUGACCAGAACAGUGCUACACAACCACAGAAGCUUCUUAAGAAACUAGCUGAAAUGGCCCAAGUACUUGAAGCAAGAGAAUCCCAGAUAAUUCACCUCAGUCAACAGAACGGGGAACUGCAGGAGUCUGUUACAGAUUUCAAAAGUCAGGUAGCAGUGUCCGAGGAGAAGAGGAAGAACGAGACGUACGAUCUUCACAACCUGACCGAUGAGUUCACACAGAGGAUCAGCUCCAUGGAGAAGAAAUUACAACUGGCUAACAGAGAGAGGGACCAGUUCAAGAAAGAUUCACAGAAGAUGCAAAAGGCUCUGAAUGACAUUGAGAAGAGUGAUGUAACAGGCAAGGUGCUAGCUGAGAAAGAUGAGCAGAUCUCGGAGCUGAUGGUGGAGGGCGAGAAGCUCUCCAAGCAGCAGCUCCAGAAUUCAAACGUCAUCAAGAAACUACGAGCCAAGGAGAAGGAAACAGAUAGACUACUCAAUUCACAAAAGGAACAGUUGGAUGAAGCAGAAGCAAGAGUCUCUCAUCUAGAACAAGUCUUGGAUGGCAAAGAGGAUGUAGAAAAGAGGCAGAAAGAUGCCAUCAAGACAUUGAAUUCUGCCGUAGAGAAACAAGAGAAGGAGAUCUUGAAUCUCAAGUCUGAGUUGGAAGAUGGGAGGGAUAAAGUACGCAGUACACAACAUGCCUUGGAUGCCUCAUACAAGGAGAUUGCUGAGCUCCAUCGCAGCAUUGCCUCCAAGCAGAGUAAGGUCCAGGAGACUGCCCUCAGUGCCGAGAUGAAUGCCAAGGAAGAACUCAAACUGGCCCUGGAUCGCUCCCAGCUAGAGGCUAGGAGACAGCACGAGGGACUCCUGCUACAGGUCAACGAUCUUCAGUUGAGCCUGAACCGAGCCGACCAGCAGAACGCACGUAAAGAAGAUUCCUUCAGACAGGAGAUCUCUGACCUUCAGCAGAGGUUACAGGAAUCAGAGGCACGUAACCAGGAGCUCAGUCAAAGCGUUACUGCAGCUACCAGACCGUUGCUCCGGCAGAUUGAGAAUCUCCAGGCCACCUUCAACGCCCAGUCCUCGUCUUGGGAGCAGGUGGAACGGAGUCUGACGGAACGUCUGAGCGACGCCCAAAACCAGCUUGCGGUGUCUACAGAGAAGGAGCGAGGGGCGCAGGAGAUGGCCAUAGAAGCCAGCUCCAAGGUGGCUGCUCUUGAGUCUCAGCUAGCCAUGCUGAGGCAGGAGAAGUCAAGGCUUAGUGCACUCCUGGAGAUGGAGAAGGCAAGGCUGGAGAGUCUGGAAGAGAGCAAAAUUAGGGACUUCAGCCACAUGGAGAACCAGCUUCAGAACUACCUGAGAUCCGUGGAGGAGGCUCAGCAGGAGAAGUCAGACCUGGAGAAACAGCUCAACAUUGAGCGCAUCAAGGUGGAGACAGAGAGGAAGAAGCUGAGUUUAACCCAGGAGGCACUAGAGGAAAAGGAGAGGCGGUUACAGCAGGCCGAAGAUAACUCUGGUUCACCUAGCCCCAGCUCGAGAGCUAGCACUCCUGUCCAUUCUGAAAUCAGACCUUCAUUUAUCACUAGUAUAUCCAGGACACCCUCCCAGGGUGAAAUCUUGGAGAGGACCAUGUCAAUGAGUAUGACAGGCUCUGUGUAUGAUAACAUUUUGUCAAGUUCAUCAACGUCCAUUAUUGAGAGUCUACAAUCACAGCUGAAACAGAAAGAAGGGGAAAUAUCACAGCUUCAGUCUGAAAUCUAUCAGCUAGAGAGAACGAGAUCAUCAAUGGCCGAGGAGAUCGUAACGCUGACCAAUCAGACCGAUAGACUGGAAGAAGAAGUCAGUUAUAUACCAGAACUCAGAAUACAACAAAAGGACCUGCAACAUCGUUACAAUGCAGUGCUUCAGAUGUAUGGUGAGAAGGCUGAGGAGGUACAAGAACUUAAACUAGAUUUACAGGAUGUCAAGGAGAUGUACAGACAACAGAUUGAAGAUUUAAUCCGGGGGUCAACAUAAGGCAACCGUCCUCAAUCAUCCAAACUUCAUUCCUGCCAUAAAAGAUAUAUCAAGACCAAUUCUGCAUUAUACAUACAUAUUGAGGACAUGAUUACUAGAUGUUGACAGGCAAAGAGAUUGUUCUGACUUUCUUCGCAGGGUACUGGUAGGGGUUAUUUCAUACUUGGAAGGCUCUUUGUUGCUUUUGCUUAAUUUGUUUGAUUGCCUUGAUCCCUCUGGGAUAUUUGGACUGCGUAAUAGCUCUUCAAACGUCCAUCUUUUGUCUUUUCUGUUUUUGAAAGUAAGAUUGGAUGAAUACUUGAUGACAAACUGAGUGUGAUAACCAAGAAGAAGUAGAAUUGUCCCAACCUUACUUGCAUUUGCCAAGAUAAUAUAUAAGACAAAUAUUCUGAGUUACAAUUGGAGACACAUGUAGAAGUUACCAAAUAUCCAACGCAGAACUGACAGAAGAAUAAAGAAACUACAUCAAUUCAAUUUCAAUUCAAUUUUUAUUGUCCAAUGGAAAUUUGCUUUGCUCACAUUUUGCCUACAACUUUACAUAACAUAAUAUAAAUAGCAUAGCAAAUGUAGAGAUCACGACAUAGGUAGAUAUUAUAACAUGAUAAAUAUAUCUCGUUGUAUCCAGGUGUUGAUGAUGAUGAUAACAUUUUGUCAAUGAUUUGUCCUCUGUGAACAACCAAUUGCAAAUUUGAUGUUCGGUUGUAAACUUGAUAUUAUUCCACUGGAAUAUUACAUAUUGGUGAUUAUGGUGAUGAUGCUAAUGAUGACAACAGUGAUGAUAAUGAUUAUGACAUGCAUAUUUCAAGUUACAACUUAAAUUUACCAUUCCAAUGGAAUGCUAAUACAACAUUGAUUGAUGAUUGGUAGUUGAAUAGUGAUAUAUUUUGACUACAUUUGAAGAAAACAUAUAAGUGCUGCCUGUUUUCUCCUUAUCAAGUUUUUUGAUAUAGUAAGCCACUAUCGUUAUUGUUGUAAGUUAUCAUACUGAUCACUUAUUUAUGAAGCAAGAGUCAAACCCAAUAUAUUCAAGACUAGACUUCACAGUCUGAUUAGUCUGAUAACGAGUGCAAUUUGAGCAGAACUCAGUGUCAAUAGGAAAAAAUAGUGUUUUCGCAAAAUUAAGAUUAUUUUUAUAUCAUUACUAGUAAGAGUUCAUCAGUUACUAUCAUUGGCAAUAUAGAAUGGUGUGUAUUAGUAGUAGUGUACUCAAAUAUGUUCAUUUUCAACCGAUACGUGUCGUUCUUGCUUUGUACAACGACUUGAUAUGAGUUCCUUCCAAGAGCUGUUUAUGAUGGUAGCCUCACAAUUCUUUUAAUUGUAGUAUUUAUAUGAAAUUAUGUCCAUUUUUAUGCUAGUUUACUAUUUGAGCUUUUUUUGUAUACUCUGUAUAAAAAAUAUGUAUAUUAUGAAUUGUAAAUAUAAGUCUCUAUCUUGAAUUUAAAAAGAAUAAUUAUCUUUGAUGUGUGAUAUAUAUACGUAGGUUGGAAUUAGCAAUGUCAUUCUAGUUGACAAUAUUCUAUCUCUUGCACAUAGCGUGCACUUUGUUGUAGAAUGGUACACUUUUGUUUUGAUGCCGUGCAUUGAUGAAAAAUAAUAUUCAUGCGCCAUGUCAAAUUUAUCAACCAUUUAGAAAAAAUACAGCCUUACAACAUACAAUUAAUUACUGUUGUGAGUAGCAUACCCAAAUGUUAGGUCAUGCAUGUGUUGCUUUAUUUUCUUCAUAGACCUGUAAGAGGGUUUAUUUAUUAUCUAAUAGAAUCUGGUUGAAAUAAGGAAAACUAUGUCCAGUUGCAUUCAAAUAGCUAAUUUAGUCUCAUUUUGCAUAUAAUGUAUGCUUGCUUUAAGAAACAUAAGUAGUGUGUAAUGUCAUACAUUUUGUCGAUAUUGCUUUGACAUGUACAUGUAUUAAUAACUUAUUUUCCCUUAAUUUGCCAUUAUAUUUGAUAUGUUAUUCUGUCAAAGACAUUAGUGUAUUUAAUAUUAUUUCAUGGGGGUUAAGAAUAGUAAAUAUGUUUAAAAGUAUAAAGCUUAAAUACUUGUAUCUUCACCUUUUCACUGUUUAUGAAACAAAUGUUGAAGUAUACCUAUGUCAUGAAUUGAUUUUUAUUUUACCUUACUACCAAGAAGUAAGUAUAUAUAUCCUCUUAGAUAAGCAACUAGUGAUCAACAGCUUUAUGUCCUAUCUGAGGGACUUGGUUAUUGAGUAUUACGGCUUGCCAAAGGGCACUAGGUCAUGGACUCGGUUUUGAACCCAGUGCCUCCAGGUCAUGACCCCACUGUUCUACCACUGAGUUGUUUGAUGAAAAGACUGAAUAUUAUUGUAAAUUAAACAUUGUCUUUUCUCUUCUCACUUUAUUUGGAAAACAAAUGUUUUGAAAUAUUAUACAUGUAUGAGCCCUGACUCUAUAUAAAGAUUUAGGGAAUUCAGCAUGUAAACAAUUUUUUCUGACUAUUUAUGAAUGUAACAUCUGUUUUGGGUUAACUUGCCUUUUGAGAGAUAGACAAUUUUAUGUUUAGAAAAGAUCAUCUUUAAAUACUGAUGUACUUGACUACAUACCUUCUCCUAGGAUUUUUUUCAGUUUUCUUUGCAACAUUUGAAAAAAUACUUUCCAUUGAUGAGAAUUGACCUAAAGUAAAUGAGAAUAAACUUAAUGGAAGUCAUUUGAAUGACAUUGCACAUUUACUAUAAUUUGAAUACAUAUUUAUUGAUGUCGUAUUCAGUAGAAAAAUUUACAUGAUAGGAUUUACCGCAUAAAUGUAUUAUGAAAUUUGUUAAGUAUAAAUUUUGUUCAUUCAUAUUGACCAUCCAUCAAACAUAAGGAUAUUGAUUAUGUUUGUAUUUCUAGCAUUUUGAAAAUUCCCAACAAAUUCAAUUCUUAUCUAAGAUAUAAUGAAGUGUUUUAAAAUCAUUGAGUAUCAUGUUAUUUAAGCAUUUAUCAUGUAUUGUCUUUAGAUAUUAGUGCACGCAGGCUUUGAAAUGUUGUUAUAAGGCUGAUUUGAUUUGAAGAAAUGUUUUGUAUCGACCAAAUUUUAAAAACUUAAAUUUGCACACCAUUUUGCUCCCAAUGAGGCACCAGCGGAUCAUAAAUGGAAAAAAAAAAGAAUUUUAAUAAACAAACUUGCAAACUCCCCCUCCCUCCCCUCCGCUAAUCAUUAAAUACAACAAUCAAGUGAUUCACCUAAUGAAUGGUUUGUCAUUUAGAUAACCAGUUGUGUAAGCAGAACAUGAAAAAUUGCACAACGUUUGAUUUCUUGAGAUAGUUUUCGAUGGCAUUCUUACUGCUUCAGACAGAUGAAAGUACAAUUGCAUUGUGUGUCUAUUAUGAUCAUAUUGUAGAAUGCUUUUAUUAUGUUCAAGAAAUUCUUCUGUGAUUGAAAUUU